AAAACAGUGUUCACAUGAGAUAAUGGUAUUUUUUAUUACGCUCUGGACAAUAUGAUAAUUAUUGUCUGAAAUUAUAGCAAAACCGGGCUGAACGUGAGAUCGGAGUGCGAUUAAUGGGACUUGUGAACGCAAACAGACAAAACAGGCAGAGUACCGAUCGCAUCGGUCCAUUUUGAAGCGCUAGCAGGCAGCAAAUGUCUAAGCUAGUAAACCCCUGCUUAAAUGUUUUAAGAAUAAUACAAUUGUAGUCUUAUUUAUUUAGGCGCUGUAUAUUAUAAAUAACAAACAACAAGAUUAUAUUUCUCCUCGUCCUGUAACCAUCAGCAUUAUAUGAAACCCCACGUUGGGUUUAACACUAACACAACUUGCACCAUUUAGCCAGUUAAACGUAGCUGCUGCUAGCUGGCUAAACUGGUAGCCUACACAAGUUAUUAUUAUUAUUAUUUUUAAACGAUUGUUGACACUAUUUAGGCUACGCGAGGAAUCGGUUAAUGACAUUUAUCAGCAUUAUUCAGGAAAGCGGCGGAGAUCACAGGACACAUGCUGGACAAUACCGAAAACAAGAAGCUGCGUUUUUGGUUGUUCCUUUGGUGAAUGCCAUUUGUAUUUCAAUUUUUUAAGAAAUUCCGGGCUAAACCAGGCACUUGGUCUUUAGAUUUAGGUUUUGUUGCAAGUCUCUCAUUUGUGUGUGUUGGAUUGUUAAAAGGCCCGUCGCUCGUAACCUCAGGAUACGUAAAGACUUUGUGUUAUAAGUGCAUUUAUUUAUCAUGGAUCUGAAUUUUUAUCCGGAUCUCACUGACGGGACUGGUCAACAUGUUGAUUCCGAGUUUAUGGAUGGAUCGUCUUACAAUGGAUACGAAUCGGUGAACAAAUUUGCAGGUGGCAGCGAUUCCUACCUGACCAUCAGUGGGCCUGGUCAUCAUUUUCUUUCAUCUGAGCAAACAUUUCAUACGCCCAGUCUGGGUGAUGAGGAAUUUGAAAUCCCACCCAUCUCCCUGGAUCCAGAUUCUGCCCUCACUGUAGAAGAUGUGGAGGCUCAUUUUGGAGAGCUGGCCGAACAGGCUGGGAGGUCAAGGUCUCACAGUAACAGUCUCAACAGUAAUGCUGUGGUGGUAGGGGGGAACGAUCCAUCUUUUGCAUCCGCCUUCAUGAAUCCAUCAUCUCAGGGGAUGGAUCACCUAAGUUUGGGUGUGAUUAACCAAUCGGGGGAAAGUGCUCUACUUGGCUCAACGCUGGGUGUGGAUCUUGGCCAUUCUGUUGGCUCUCAUUUCAAUAGUUCCUCCUCCAUGACUAUUGAUAUUCCAAUAAAUGAGAUGAGCCACAGUCUCCUAGGACACAACCAGCUCACUACUAUAGACCAUUCAGAUCUAAGUGCUCAAUUAGGACUCAGUCUCGGUGGUGGAGGCAGUGUGUCAAAGUCACCUGAUCAGCCGCUGUCAGCUACACCAUCUCCAGCCAGCUCAUUGCAGGAUGAAGACAUGGAAGAUUUCAGACAAACCAUGCUGGUAGACUCCUUUUCAGCCUCUCCAGCGAUCAUAUCGCAUGUCCCCAACUUGACACUUUCCACGCAGAUCUCCACCGCCCCUCCAGCUAUUGUGAGGAGGGUGGGUGGCAAGCCGGCCAUGGUGCCUGGGAACAAUGUAGACGUGGCAGUGGCACCUGGAGCUAAGAAGGGCAGGAAGAAGAAAGAUCCUAAUGAACCGCAGAAACCGGUAUCAGCUUAUGCUCUGUUCUUCAGAGACACCCAGGCGGCCAUUAAAGGUCAAAACCCAAAUGCCACAUUUGGGGAGGUGUCGAAGAUUGUGGCGUCCAUGUGGGACAGUCUUGGGGAAGAGCAGAAACAGGUUUACAAGAAGAAAACAGAAGCAGCCAAGAAAGACUAUCUGAAAGCGUUAGCAGCCUACAGAGCAAAUCAGCUAUCGAAGCCAUCUACCGAGGUGGAGGACAAUGCUCCCACCACUCCUCCAUCAACUCCCAGUCCCGCACCCAUCUCUACCACCCCAACUGCUCCUGCCCGCCCCGCACGGGUUCCGCCCAGCCCUGACCAGAACACCAUCACCAACAUCUGCGCGUCCAAUAUCAUCCUCGACCUGCCUCAAGUCACCACCCGUUCCCGCACGGGGUCUUUACCCAUGGCCAUCGGUCAGCCCCCUACCCCUAACCCCAGCCCAGCACCGACCAUCACCAAAAUCAUCAUCUCCAAGCAGAUGUUACAGGGAGGUGCUCAGCUCCACCAGAUACCCACUUCCAUGGUGACGGUGAUCCCAGCUGGGAUACGAACCAUGCAGCAGUCUGCCGCCCGGCAGCCUCCACCACUGCAGCAGAUGCAGGGCACCCCUCCUCCACCACGUCUGCAACAGAUGGUACAGACCCAAGCCCCGCCCCCUCUCCAGCCCAAGCCCCACGGGGGGGUGGGAAGUUCAGUGGCUGUCACUGCUACGCCUCCGCCACCUCUCCAGAUAAAGAUUGUGCCUGCUUCAUUACAUUCUAACUUGUCCGCACCUAUUAUUGUUACUACAGCGACUAGCGUCAACCCUGUUAUUUCCUCAUCCACCAUCGCUGCUUCGGCACUUCCCACACCUGUUGAGCUUCAGGUGGAGCAUCCUAGCGAGCAGUUGGUCACCGCGGAGAAUGAGGUUGUGACUGAGGAACUUGCUUCAGAGGAGAUGGAGAUGGAGGUCAGUGUUGCUCCUGCAGCCUCCUCCUCUGCUCCUACUUCUAAUCUCUGCGUUCGAGCCGGAUGCACAAACCCGGCUGUGGAGAGCCGUGACUGGGAUAAGGAAUAUUGCAGUAACGAGUGUGUGGCCACACACUGCAGGGACAUUUUCAUGGCUUGGUGUUCAAUUAGGGGCCAGAACUUCGCCACCGUCAAAUAAAUGAAAUCCUGUGGGUUCGGGGUCUUCACUUACCUUCAUAUGUCUUCUGUCAAGAGAAAUUUCUGCUGGAUCUACUGAGUGAAAUGUAGUAUUUGUUGUAAAUAUAUUUAGUGUAAAAAGCUCAUCAGCAGUGGGAAAAGAGCAUCAUUUAUUGUGUUGUAAACGUACAGACACUUCAUUUGUUAGAGUAGUAAUCCAAGGCAGCCAAGUCUGUUUUGGUUCAAAUAUAACUGAUUAUGCUUUGCGAACCACAUGUUUUGGCUAAAUGCUUUGUUUCAGAAGAUAACCUACAUUUUGAGUAUUGUACUUUACUUGGACCUUCAGUGAUUUAUAUAUACAUGACUUGUAUUUGGGUUUAAAGUGAGACAAAUCUGAAGCAUUUCAAUGGCAUAAUUGUGAAAGGUCUGAGAUGUAGAAGAAUUGUGAAACGUAUGUAGUCAAAGGGUAAAGUUUACCAAAAAAUUAAUAUUCUCUCAUUAUUCAUUUCCAUAGUAUUCAUUUUUCCUACUAUGUAACCAAAUCAAUCGGUCCCAUUGACUUCCAAAGAAAUGAACUGAGGUUUGUAACAACAUUAGAGUAAAUGAUGACUAUUUUAAUUUUUAGGUGAACUAUCCCUUUAAUCUGCGAUUAUGUUUUGUUUUGUUAAAAGUACCUUCGAUCUGUCUGUGAGUAGAAUUUUUUCACCUUUGUUUUGGAUAAAAAAUAGUUUUGCUUGCUUUUUUAAUGGUGUUACAAAGGUUACUUGAGUAUUAAUAAAGGGGCAGCCAAAAUGGAUGAAGUUUCAAUAGUUGUUUGCAAUAAAUUCAUUUCUAAUGUGAGCUUUUUAUGUAACCGUGCUAAGAAAACUGCAGAGGUCAGUGCUGGUAAAAAUUUCUUGACUAUUGAAAGUAGUCGAAGGACUAGUUAUCACAAAAAUAGAUUUUUCAUUCACUUAUCAUUGUGUCAGUUCUAAUUUGUACGACUUUCCUCUGCCAAACAAAAAAUAUAGUUUGUGUAUAUACAAUAAAGUAUUUUCUAGACAAAUAAA